AUGAUACUGAGAAGCGCGUCAUCUCUGGACCUUAAUCUACGCGCCGCUCAGAAAUCGUCGGCUCCACGAUGUUCGAACGGAGCUCGUGUUGUAACGACGGCUCGAUCCGUCUCUGCUUCUCCUCGGGGCUGUCAAUCGAUUCCCAGAGCUUCUUCAGACGGAAAUCUCUACGAGAUGCGAGCGAUUCAGGCGCCGGAGAGCAGAACCAAAACGUCAAGCGUCUACUACGACGAAACGGCGUCGUCUCGGGUCUUGGAGAGAUCCGGGCUACACCAGGGAGGUUCGAACGGUGGAUUUGGCGGUAAAGGCGGAGACGGUACCGGAGGUGGAGGUGGAGGUGGAGGAGGAAGCGUCGAUGGUUAUUACGAAGAGAUGAUCCAACGUUAUCCCGGAGACGCUCUUCUUCUCGCUAACUACGCUCGUUUCCUCAGAGAGGUGAAAGGUGAUGAGAGAAAAGCAGAGGAGUACUGUGAGAGAGCGAUGCUGACUGAAGAUGGGAGAGAUGGAGAGAUGUUGUCUAUGUAUGGAGAUUUGAUAUGGAAAAAUCAUGGAGACGGUGUUCGUGCUCAGUCUUACUUCGAUCAAGCUGUUGAAUCUUCUCCUCAUGACUGUCAUGUUCUUGCCUCAUAUGCUCGAUUUCUAUGGGAUACUGAAGAAGAAGAAGAGGAAGAAAUUAAAUAUGAGAAUGGUUUAUCUACCUAUAACCCAUCUGUAUCAGUUGUGUCUUGA